AUGAUUGAUGAAAACCUGCCGACGUUCUUCCUAAAGAAUAACUCGAAGAAUCCUCAGCAGAGCACUAUUUAUCAUCGACAGCACGGAAAUGACCCCGAGCCCGCCUAUACCCUCCGCGCCCUCAAUCCCGCUCUCCCCACCACGAACAAUCGCUAUGGUGUCGCCUUGUAUGACCCCUUCAUAUCGGACAUCGUUUACGGCGAAGUCGCCGUGGUUCCAGAAUGGACACAACCCAGUCUGUCUGCAGACGCAAUCCGCACAAAUGGCGGUGCCCCGCCACUCCCCGAACCGAUUCUCCCUAACGAAUUCACAAUCCAGCUCUACAACCCGGACCAGGAAGUCAUUGUACGCUAUCAGGCAAAGACAUGGAAUAGACCUGCGAGAUGGGAAUUCGAAAUGCCUCAGCGGACAUUUAGGGUCCCCUCCUCGUCAAAACUGGACCGAACACAGAGCGACCCAUCUGUCGCAGACGUGACCCCAAAGUUGCGCUUCAGUUGGCGCAAAGAUGGAAAGUUGUCGAAAGAUCUAUCCUGCUUGCUGCAUGGCAAGACCUCAAGCAUGCCAGACACACGUAGCAAGAGCAAGGAGCCCGAUAUUACGGUGGCUCUUUUCCAAGGCUUGAAAGAACUCACUCUUUAUGAACCGAAUCUUUAUCGCGUUGAAAUGGAGGACUUUAAGGGCCUGGAAGUUGUGCUGCUUCUCGCAUCUGUUGCGAUUCGCGAUAUCUUCUUUGGUCCGGCCAAAGAGGCAUUCCACAUCACUGCAGCCGGCCCUCCAGCGGUCGGCAGUCGGCCCCGAGCCGCACCUGCAGGAAGGGAGACUCCAAAGUCUCAAACGGUAGCUGCCGCGGCGGUGGUCGUGCCGAAUACAAGGCCUUCUCAGCCACGAUUGAACACCCUCAAUUCAAAGCCACCAGGCCCACAGGCCCGGACUCGACAGGAUGAACUCGCAGCAGAGAAUGCCCGCCGCACGCAAGAGCUCCUUGCAGCGGAGAAACGAUCUCAGGAAAAGGCCCGACGCCAGCGUCAAUCAGAAGUCGACAAUGAAACCAAGCGUCUGCAACACAUCUACGCGUUCCCUCCACGCCAUACGCUCACCAAUAUUCCCAGUCCCACUCUCACCUUCCAUCUCAAGGACCACUCCACCCUCCUCGACAACCUCGCCCUCACAGAGUCGCACAAAGCGGCCCAGUUCCAACAUUUGCCAACAGCCCCUACCUCCGUGGUUCGGGCCACAUGGACCCGCGAGCCCAGUCAACAACCCAACUCAUGCCUCGACAGCAGGUUCAAGGCAGUCCUCAAGCCCAGCCCAGACCUCAAUCCCACGUGGGAUUCUCAUCCCACCCCUGUGAGUAGUGGCGCGUUGCCCGCGGCUCAACGGCCGAACCCACAUCAAGUGCAGCCGAAAAAAAGCAGCUUCUUUGGGUUUAUGCGUAAUAAGGAAGAGAGCAACAGCCGAAAUCGACUGGAUAAAAAGCGGAGUUCCAUGUUUUGA